AUGGAUGUUGAAACUCUGUGUACCAUCUUGGAAGCCCAAAUCAAGGCACAGCAGCAAAUGUUCACCGAGCUGAUAAAGCGUAUGGAAAAGAUGGCCUCCGUUUCACACCUAGCCGUUCCAACAGCACCCGUUGCCAAGGCCGAAUUCGUCUGGUACAAUCGCUACGAGGACAUCAUCUUAAAGGACGAUGCUACCCUGGACGAUGCAGCGGAAGCUCGACUAAUCGUCUCCAAACUCGAUACCGUCACACACGCCCGCUUCACGAACCACAUUCUUCCUCAAGGAGCUAGCGGUGUACCCUUAACGGACACCGUGGCUGCUCUGAUGGAAUUGUUCGGGCAUAAUACAUUGGUCAAUCAGCGCCAUGCCAUGGCUGAUUUCAACGACGUCACACCUGAACAGAUGAAAUGCCUCGUAUGGAUAUGUGGACAUUUCGCCCCGCCGGAUGCCGAUGAUGUCGCACUCCUCGAACGAUCAAGUGUACCGCAUGUCAACGUCGUGGAUUCGCAAAAGAGUCGAAAUCCCGAAGCGUAUCUCCAAUUGGAAGUGGACGAUGUCCCAAAGCGGCUACUCACUAUCAACACGCACCGUGGACUGUAUCGCUUCAACCGACUACCAUUUGGAGUGAAACCAGCUUCUGGUAUAUUCCAACAAUGUUUGGAUGCUCUCAUCGCUGGAAUAGAUGGAACUACCGCCUAUCUCGAUGACAUAUUGGUUACUGGACUACGGACUCCGCAUUCAGCUCGACAAAUGUGCUCCCUGCAGACGGAGAUCACCUUCCUUGGGUUCAUCAUCAACGCACAAAGUCCUGGAAAGACCAAAGCUAUCCAGAAGAUGCCCGCUUCAAAGGAUGUCAGUCAACUUAGCUCUUUUCUGGGACUCAUCAAUUUCUACGGAAACUUCGUCAAGGAUCUCCACAAUCUACGCGCUCCUUUGGACACUCUUACGAAAGAGGAUGUUGUCUACACCUGA